CCGAGAUAUUCUGGUGGAUUGCAUCCCAAUGGACAUAUUAAAUCAAGCUGAAAGAAUCCUCACUAAGGAUCUGUUUAAACUUCUGGAUAUGGGUUAUUUCAAUUCUGUCCUACAUUUUACCUUUAAUGUGAAAAGUGGCUUGUAUAAUGUUAAAGUCAUCAAGAAGUGCCUGCAGCUUCUUGGCUGCAAGAAUCUAAGCUUUACUGAUAUUCAGGAAAUACGAAUUUGCUUUUCUACUUAUGAGGCCUUGGAUCAAAGAGGGAUAAAGUGUGAUGUGGGUACUUUAAUGAGAGCUCUCAAGAUGUGUGGCAGAUUGGUGGCACCACAGAAACUGAAACAUUAUAUUAAGCACAAGAAAAUCUCUUUUAUUGAGAAAGGCCGCUUGCAGCUCUAUGAAUUCUUGGAUCUCCUUGCUCUCUGUGAACUUCAAAAGAAUGUUUCUGUAAAAGAAAAGAGGGUUGCUGUAACAGCCAAGACUUUCAGAAACAUUUAUGAGGUAGAUGAUAUGGUCUUAGCAACUCCUGAUGAAAAACUGAAUGCAUAUCUAAAUGAAGGCUUUAAGCAGGAAACAUUUGAUUACAGAAAUGGUUCGAAAGAGCUCAGACUUCAAAAUGAAUCUUCAAUUCAGUCUCCACAAAUAAAGCAUCAGGAAACUCCUUAUUCAGAAAGGCCAAAGUCUGUUACAGCAAAAUCCGAAAGCAAGAUGAAAUGUGAAGAAAAGACAAGUGAAGAUUGGAUAUGGGUGAUCCCUGUGCCUCAACUGAAAAUUAGGAGUCCCAGUUCAGUGUUUCAUGCACCUAUAAUUUCACCUGAAGAUAUUUCCAUUGUGCUGAAGCAGAAGGAGUCAUUGCAAUAUGAGAUAAAAACUUUGGAGGAGCGGAAGUCAUGGGAGCUAAAAUGGAAAAUGAAUUACUAUCUCCCAGGCUAUAAAAAGCAAGAAAUGUCUGAAGCAAUAUUAGAGAAGAAUGUUGAACAAAAACCUGUCCAAAAAAGACCUGUGAACUCAAGUGUGCUAAAAAGGCUAGCAUCUCCAGCGAAGAGAUCACCAUCUCCUCGUCAUGCUUUAGCUUGUGAUGCACAUACUCGAGGAAUAUCAUCUUUCCGAAGACGUCCACCCCAACCAUUUAAAACUUGUCACUCUUUAACAAAUGUGUCCCUAGAAAAGGAAGACAAAAAAUGACACACAGCAAAGACAAUUAAUAAAUGAAGACCUAAAGACAUUGACCUUCUUCCUUAAUACUUAAGAUUCAUUAUCAUUUGAUUUACUGACCUGAUUAAAAUGACCAUCAACUGGAUGUUCAUUUGGCCUCAUGGCAUGAAGUUCAUUAUGUUAAGGCAAUUGCAUUUAUAGUAACACAUUGUAUAGAAACAUUCUCUCUCUCUAAAACAGUGCUUUUUUACUGCAUAGGAAGCAAAACAAGGACUGUACAGGGGAGAAGAACAUUUGUCCCAUGAAGAUGACUUUAUUAGGAAUAUUGUGUGAAAUUAUGUGAACUUUUUAAGGUAAGCUUGUAUCAUGAGAAGCUGUAUAUGAAGAUCAAUGCAUCCAGUGAUUAAGAAAUCAGAUUGUUACCUGAUAUUCUACAUUGCAAACCUACUGCAUUACAGUAAUAAAUUGUGAGUUUCAAAUACUUAAAA